UGGAAGCUCACUUUGUUGGCGCUACAUUCUGCCCAUACGCUGCAUUAGGAUGGCAGGCAAUGCUUUGAAAAGACUCAUGGCAGAGUACAAACAAUUAACAGUCAAUCCACCAGAGGGUAUUGUUGCUGGACCAGUGGACGAAAGGAAUUUUUUUGAGUGGGAAGCAUUAAUUGCUGGACCGGAGGGUACUCCAUUUGAAGGUGGUGUUUUCGCUGUACGUUUGAACUUCCCAUCAGAUUAUCCUUUGUCUCCACCAAAAAUGCAAUUUCUAACUGAAGUGUUCCAUCCAAAUAUCUAUCCAGAUGGACGCGUGUGCAUUUCCAUACUUCAUGCUCCUGGUGAUGAUCCAAUGGGUUAUGAAAGUUCCGUUGAACGUUGGAGUCCAGUUCAGUCAGUGGAAAAAAUUUUAUUAUCUGUUGUUAGUAUGCUUGCAGGUAAUUGAUUUUAAUGAUUAAGAUUAAUUAAAUCUCGUUUUUAAAUUCUUCGUUUUUUCUUGGUUUUUUUUCAGGAAAUCAUUGUCCUGUUUAGAAAACUACUCAAAAACCAUAGUCCGACUAAAUAACUCUCAUUUUAUUAAAAUCACAAACCGAUCAAUGUUAGAUCACUACUCAAAUCUUGGAAGCACUGGAAGGCCGUCUCGUCCUGUUGUAGUACUACUCAGCAGUGCGCAUCCGUAAUUCUGAGCUCGGGGAUCGAACCCACGACCUCCGGUUUCGCGUGAACACCUGAUCUGUGGACCACUAAGUCGGGAUCGUUUUAAUCAGAUAGUUUUUAUCUCACUAUACUGAAUUGUCAUAAUCAGUAACUUGAUAGAACCGAAUGAUGAGAGUGCAGCUAAUGUGGAUGCAGCAAAAACAUGGCGUGAAGAUAAAGCACGUUUCAAUAGUUUAGCACUUCGAAGUGUACGUAUUAGUCUGGGUAUUUCGGCGGAAUAAGAUGCUAUCAAAAAAUAAAAGACAGUAACAAUGAAACAAUAGAAACUAAGCAUAUCUUUUGAUUUCUUUGUAACAUUUAUCUUUCAUUUGUUAUGCAGUUCCUUCAAAAUAAUUCUUACUGUGUUAUUAUCGUUUCAUUUUUUAUUGUUGUUGUUGUUGGUAUUAGUGUCUUUUCACUUUCUGAUCAAAUCAGUCAUGAACGAUCUUAUGAAUUCUAUGAUUUUGCUUGAAUAACUGUCUAUUGUGUAAACUCCUCCAUCAGAC